AUGGGGGCUACGGACGAGAAGAUUGCUGCCAAAAUUGAUUAUGUUGGUUAUGUAGCAAUUCCAGUUUUUCUCCUACUAGGAUUAAGCGGUAAUACUCUAACUAUCAUCGUAAUGCUAAGCAAGCACUUCCGCAAAAUGUCCGGACUCAACAUCUUUGAGUCUACCGAGCCUACCAUGGUCAUCUACAGAGAAGUAGCUCAGAUUCUGGAACAGCUUAAUUAUUCUAUCAACUUCUUCAUGUACGUCUUAUGUAGCAAGAGUUUUCGUGACCGCGUGAAACUUGUACUCACCUGCCAAGAAGAACCAUCCAGCAGGUACAGAAGCCAAUAUUCAACUAAAGCUUCGACUAUCAGGGCGAAAAAAGAAGUGUGCACCGAAAAAAGUUCAUCUGGAAUAUCAAGUGUCGAUGGAAAUCUAAGUGGUGUGAAUUGUGCAGAAAUUAAUAAUUCUAAACCAACCCGUGAUGACUGUGAUCCAUAA